CUGCGCGCAGAGCCUGGAGAUGCUUCUGCCUCACCUCGAGCAGGUGCUGGACACCUCAGUCCUGGGUGCGGUCGGGUGACCUCCAGACUCAGACUCGCACCGGGGCUGCAGCCCCGCCACUGUGCUGACUCUUUCUGAAGUAGCUUAGCUUGCUGGCUCUUGAAACUGUUGACUGGAUUGUGCAGUUAUCACCCAUUCGUGGAAUAGUUGACAAGGUAGGUAGCAUUCAUGGCUGCUGCACGUGACUCACAGGGCGCUCCCUAUCUGCUGCCUCCAAACCGUGAGGACUGGGAAGAGCAAGGCAUCCCGGACUUUACCUAUGGACAGAAAGACCUCACAGGGAAGGGAGUUCGGUGGCCAAGGAAUUCACCCAGCGCCCUGGACACAAUGCCAGUGUCCCGCUUCGACUCUGCCCUCUGCGCGGCAUGGAGGCAGCGGAUGGAACUGGGCCUGUUUCGAUACCGCCUAGAAGAUCUGCAGACCCAAAUCCUCCCUGGUUCCGUGGGGUUUGUAGCUCAGCUGAAUAUAGAGCGAGGGGUACAGAGGAGGCGCCCCCAGAAUAUCAAAAGUGUAAGGCAGGAGUUUGACCCCGAAAAGUUUAACUUCAAUAAAAUCCGACCCGGAGAAGUCCUUUUCCGGCUGCAAAGGGAGCCUAACGGCCCAGCUGCUCCACAGCAAGGGGACAUCCUUGUGCUGAUCAAUGUCAGCCCCCUGGAGUGGGGUCACGUGCUGCUGGUUCCUGAGCCAGCUCACGGGCUCCCCCAACGCCUGCUGCCCGGAGUGCUGCGGGCGGGGCUUGAAGCUGUGCUGCUGAGCUUGCACCCAGGCUUCCGGGUUGGCUUCAACAGCCUGGGAGGUUUGGCCUCUGUGAACCAUCUCCACCUGCAUGGCUACUACCUGGCCCACCCACUGCCCGUGGAGGGCGCUCCAAGCACGCCUCUAGACCCAAAGGGCUUUAUACAUCUGCUGCAGGGCCUCCCAGCUCCUGGCUUCCUCUUUUACACUAGUGGGCCAGGGCCUGAUUUGGAAGUCUUGAUCAGCAGGGUAUGCCGGGCUACUGACUACCUGAGUGACCAUGAGAUUGCACACAACUUAUUUGUGACCCGGGGAGCUCCACCGGGCCAGUCAUCAUCUUCCUCAGACCUCAUUGGGAUCCGAGUCAUUCUAUGGGCCCGGAAGUCCAGCUUUGGGAUAAAAGAAAGUGGGGCCUUCAAUGUUGCUCUCUGUGAGCUGGCUGGCCACCUGCCCAUCAAAACAUCCCACGACUUCAGCUGCUUGACAGAGGCAGCUGCAGUGGCCCUCAUUCAGGACUGCCUGCUGCCCCAAACUCAGGCAGAUGAGGUACAGGCAGCGCUGGUGGCCCUGAUGGCCCAGGAAGAGCUAUGAUUCUUGAGGAGUUUUUUUUUUUUUUUUUUUUUUUUUCUUUGCUAACUGAUCCGAAGCCCUUCCCCAAAGGCUGUUGCUCAUCACUGGCAUCUGGGCAUUUCUUUUCAUGGUUGCCUUCCUACCUCGAGGGUCACUCCAGAAUAAAAUACGGCUUUGCAGGCAGCAAGGAGAUCCAGAAGCACACUUGGUUUGUCAGCCUAAGAAACGUAAAUAAAGCACUGAAGGGCUAGGGUGAGCCCGAGGACCUCCACUGCUCAACUUGUGGUGUUAAAAUCCCAAUAUCAGCCCUUAAACCUCACUCAAGGAUCUGAG